GUGACCAUGAAGCAGUCUCAGCUUCCCAGCUGGCCAAAAUGGCCGAACGAGCUGCGACGCAGUCGGGAGACGUCUUGCAGUACUGCACGCUGUGCAGCAAGCCCUUCACGAACAGUAUGCACAGGAUUCUGCGUACAAGCGCCAUGCGGCGUACUGCCGCCGCGCCCAAGGUCGGCUGAGGAGGCGGCACAAAGCGUGCCGCGCUUGCGGCAACGCCAAAGCGAAGUGUACCUUUGCGACGCCUUGCGCUCGAUGCGCGGCGAGAAACAUCGAGUGCGUCUACGACGUGAAGAAGUCGCAUGAUGGAGACUCGACGCUGCAUGGAGCUUUUGUGUCACGCCUCAGCCCGUCACGGCCAACUUCGACUCUGACCCCACUCACCGAUGCCUUCUCCGCUGCGGCUACAACAUCGUCCUCAUCGUCACCAUCCUGGUUCGUUUCGGAUCCGCUUCCGGUCGCUUUGCCUGGAGAGCUGCAAGAGCAGCAGCUCGUCUCUGCGGCUUCGGGCGUCUACUUGGCGCUGUCGCAGGGGCUGCCUCAUGUUCAAAGCUACGCCCUCGGUGAUCCUCUGAUUGAAAUGCUUCUGAGCACCCGCAACAACAUAGGGACGUUGACCAGGUACCAACCCCGAAAUGCGGUUGCCGAUCGAAGCGCCCGGCUUAUCUUGCAGAACCUUCGAACUUUCCCUCAAAAGAUGCUGCGGUCGGACGACUUGCCGUUCUUCGUACACCCGUGGCGGCAUCGGAACGCCUUGCCGGAGCCGCUGGCGGUCUGCGAAAGGAUCUGUCAGAUGUUCUGGAGCAGGACGCCGGAGAUCCACGGCUUCAUAUGGAGGUGCAUCAGGGCGGAGCAGCUCCGGUUUCUUGAGACGCACAUGUCGACGGGUGACCUGCUUGCCGCGUGCCAAACGCAGAUUGUGUACGUCAUGAUGUUCGUCAUCGAAGAGGACCUUCGCCGGCGCGAGUGGGUGCAGGAGCUGCUCGUCCUGUCCGGAGCCGUGUGCGAACGGCUCAUCGCGCUUUGUCAGGAGGAUGGCGGCCACUUCAGCUACGACGAACACACGCAUCCCAGCACGAGCUGGGACGACUGGGUGUUCGCCGAGUCGCGGCGAAGAACCGCCUGCGUGUGGUUCAUGAUGAGCCUGGUCUUCAGCCUGCAAACCGGAGUGCGCUGCGCCACGCUGGAGGACUUUCGGCUGCUUCCGCUUCCCGCCGCGAAGCUGCAGUGGGAAGCGAGCGAUGCGCUGUCGUGGCAGCAGCGCCUGGCACUCGUCGACUUUGACAAUCUCAUCACCGUUGGCGAUCUCAUCGACCUUCGUUCCAAGGCUGACGAGCCCGUCGUCGCGCAGCAGUUAGACUCUUGGAACGCAAAGUCUGGCCAAUUUGGCACCCUACUGAACCUCGCCAUCGACAUGCUCUGAUGUGAUGAAAAAAAAAAAAUUUUUUUGUUUGUUUUCAUUUCGUCCUAUUCUACUCGCGAACUGUACAUCUCCUCCAGAAUCACCAAGGUACGACUCCAUCCCUGUCAGAGAACGUCGCCGUCGGCCCGUCCGGUCCCACAGUCGCCAUCUCAACGAUGCGUUUUGCCCCAACCUCGGGCGCGUGGCCCGCCUUCACCGCCGGAUGCAAGUUGGUCGACACCAAGCCGGGACAGACGACGUUGACCUUUGCCCCGUGGGGCUCGAGGAUGCGGGCCCAGUUGAUCGCGAGCAUCUGCAGGGCGGCCUUGCUGGCGUCGUACGCCUGCACGUUGAGGUGGUAGUACGGCGUCGUCGGAUCCUUUGCGAGCGCGAACGAGCCCAUCCUGGACGAGACGCAGACGACGCGCGGAAGGCUGGACUUGCGGAGCAGUGGGAACAGGCCCUCGGUCAGCGCGGCGGUGCCGACGACGUUGGUGGCGAACGUCUGCGCGAACAGGUCGAACACGCCCUCGUACUUGUCCGUCAUGUCAAACAGGAUGGCCGCGUUGUUGACGAGGACGUCCAGACGUCCGAACGUCGUCUCCACGUGCUUGAUCGCCGCGGCGAUGGACUCCUCGGACAUGAGGUCCAGCUGCACGGACGAGGCCGAGUGGCCCUGCGCCUUGAGCGACUCCGCAACGCGUUUGCCGGCAUCAAGACUGCGAGAGCCGAUGAUGACGUGGUGGCCGUGGUCCCGAGCGAGGGCCGUCGCCGUCGCGAGGCCGAUGCCUUGGUUCGCACCGGAGACCAAAGUGAUCGUCUUCUGCUCUGGCUGUGUCAUUUCUGGUAGUUCGGAUAGACGACCGAUUCUUGGGAAGCAACUUUGUGGCGUGGCUUUUUUGUUCCGACGGCCGCAGCAGCUCGUGGGUUCUCGUGCUUUUUUAUAGUCCCUGUGCCCAGCUUUGUCUUGGUGCUCCAGCGAGACUAAAACCCCGUGUCUCCGUUUCAAGGGUAGGCGGUAGACGCAGAGGAGCGUCUGUCUCGCCGUCAGCGCGUACGGAAGGAGAUUAUCUGUAGAGCUUUGCCGAACCAAUUUUCCUCCUUUGCCUUGUCAGCCAAGGGACGGCGCGUCGGCCAAUUUCGCCGCGGACGAGUAUUGUGACCGAGACUUGAUUACUGCACAUCAUGACCUGCCACGCUAGUGAGAAACUGGCCAGGCGGCCAUGUUCUUCAUUGUGAUGAUGUAGUUAAGCGUAGACUAAAAUAUUAUACAAGCGCCAUGCCACGCUAUCGCAGGAGCUGAGAUUUGUCGCAUAGUCGAACAAACCAAUUAUCGGUCCAAG